CAUCGCAUGAAGACCACACAAACCUCCCUCCCCGCUACUUUAUAUUCUCUUCCACGGUUCCAUCCCCAUAUCCCUCUGCUUGCUCCUUUUUAUCUCUCUCCUCUUUCUCUCUCUCUCUCUCAUAUAUCUGAUAACAUGGAGAACUAUCCCACAGUACUAUUCCCUUUACAACCUUCUUCUUAUUCUUCCCAACUACCCCACUUGUCAUCCAAUAUGCUAGGUAACACCCAAGUCUUUGGCCUCCAUGACUACAAUUCAGGAGGGCAUUUGGGGCUAAAGGAAGAGGUCAAGGUUUCAUCCUCAGAAGGUCAUGAAGCUUCUCACAGGGAGUCCUUUGGAGGGCCAGAGAACGAGGCGAAGCCCCAUAAGAAGAAGGGUGAGAAGAAGGUGAGGAGGCGUCGCUACGCCUUCCAAACGAGAAGCCAAGUGGACAUCCUCGACGAUGGGUACCGAUGGAGGAAGUAUGGGCAGAAGGCAGUGAAGAAUAACAAGUUCCCAAGAAGCUAUUAUCGAUGUACAAGUCAAGGGUGCAAUGUCAAAAAGCAAAUUCAACGCCUAUCGAAGGAUGAAGGAAUUGUUGUAACCACGUACGAGGGAAUACACACUCAUCCAAUAGAGAAAUCCAAUGAUAGCUUUGAACAUAUACUUAAUCAAAUGCAAGUUUACUCUACCUUUCGAGUUUAAAAAUGAAAAUUAAAACCGAUUUGUAUAGAAAUGCACUUACAUGACUGUUCAAAGUGUAUUCUGAGUUAUGUUACUCAGUUUUUUAUGUACACUAUAUUCACUCUAGAAUUGCAUUAUAUAUGUAUUUCUCGAGAUUAUUAAUCAAAUAUGUGGGAAUAAAAGGUU